ACCUGUUCCUCCUCCAUCCCUGGAAACCCAUUAUAGAGAAAGAGAGAAAAUACAAAAAGAAACAAACAUCGUUGUUUCUCUCUUUCUCUCUCCUCUAGGGUUUCUCUUUUUUCUCAAAUCUUCCAUAUUUACCUCUCUUCUGAAUUGAAAGACAUUGCCUUUGAUCCAUUUGAACAUAAAGCAUAUAUUGUGCAGUUCUCAGCUCAAAGAAACUUUCACAAUCAUGGUCUUCUGGAUUUUUGGCUAUGGCUCCUUGGUAUGGAAUCCAGGUUUUGAAUAUGAUAAGAAAAUGAUUGGUUACAUCAAGGAUUACAAGCGUGUGUUUGAUCUUGCUUGCAUUGAUCACAGAGGUACACCAGAACACCCUGCAAGAACUUGCACAUUGGAAGAAAGUGAAGGAGCUAUUUGCUGGGGUGCUGUUUAUUGUGUCCGAGGAGGGCCUGAAAAGGAAAAAAAGGCAAUGGAGUAUCUUGAAAGAAGAGAGUGCGAGUACGACAGCAAGACCUUAGUAGACUUCUACACGGAUGAAGACUCUGCUCAGCCAGCUUUAACAGGAGUAAUAGUGUUUACAUCCACUCCUGACAAAGUGAAUAAUAAGUACUAUCUAGGGCCUGCCCCAUUGGAAGAGAUGGCCUGGCAAAUUGCGACUGCUCAUGGUCCCUGUGGGAACAACAGAGAAUACAUAUUCAAAAUGGAGAAGGCUCUGUACGAUAUUGAUCACGAAGAUGAUUACAUCAUAGAGCUGGCAAAUGAAGUGCGGAAAGUUCUUGAAAUUGUUGGUGCUGGUAUUCAAAAGGAGAAGGAGUUACUUGGUUCUUCACACAUCCCACUCAAAACCCAAACUUCACCUGUGAAAAUCUUUUCCUUGCCAGAAACUGCUGCAGUUGCUGUCGCCGCAGAUUCGUGAAGAAGAAAACUAACUGGAAGAGAAUGGCAGUAGUUCAGUGUGAGAAUUGUAGGAGGGUUCUAAGUUAACGUCUUACUUUGACCAGAUUAAUGUAGUGAAAUUGCUGUUGAAUUUUAUUCCAAAACUUUUUAACA